GCCCCCGGCGUGGGCCAAUCGCGGGGCUGGGCGGGGCGGGGCCGAGCGGGAGCCGGGCGGGCGCCGCCGCGCAGCCCCGAGCGAGCGCAUCCGCGUCCCAGCCGCCGCCGCCGCCCCCGGGGCAUGGCCUGUCUGAUGGCCGCUUUCUCGGUCGGCACCGCCAUGAACGCCAGCGGCUACUCUGCGGCGAUGACCGAGCCCACGUCCGUGUGCGUCUCGGUGGACGACGGGUUCUCGGGCAACAUGGACUCCGCGGAGACGGAGCUGAUGAACGGGCACUUGACGAAGGUGGACAACAGCCUCACGGAGGCUCAGCGCUUCUCCUCCCUGCCGCGGAGGGCGGCCGUGAACAUCGAAUUCAAGGACCUUUCCUACUCGGUUCCGGAGGGACCCUGGUGGAGGAAGAAAG